CCCCGCCCCCACCAGGCCGGCCCCCGAACAGGUCGCGGCGUGCGCGCGCGCGUAGGCGCGGGGUAGAGCGGCCGCGCGCUCCCGGCGGGCUUGCUCUUCUGCACCCUGCGAUGCCCCGCAGGAAGUCCGCGUCGGGCGGCCUUUCUGCCGCCGCCCAAGCCCCGGGGAGGCAAGCGGUUCUGAGCCGGUUCUUCCAGUCUGCCGGAAGCCUGAGAGCCACAGCGACCCCCACGGAGCCCGCGGAGAAGGUUACAAAAGGUGACAGCAGGAAGAGGUCAUCGGGGAGUGAUGGGCCCAUUAAGAAGAGAGCAAAGAAAGUUCCAGAGAAGGAAGAAGAAAAUACCCCAGUAACAUCUGGUAACCCUGAGCCAAAGAAAUGUCUGAGGCCCAGGAUUGUUUUAAAGUCUCUGGAAAAGCUGAAAGAAUUCUGCUGUGAUUCUGCCCCCACUCAAAACAGAGUCCAGACAGAGCCUCUUCGGGAGAGAUUUGCAGUUCUGCCGAAAUGUACUGACUUUGAAGACAUCACUCUGCAACGUGCCAAGAAUGCAGUUUCUUCUGAGGAGUCCAAAUCGCAGGCUAAUCAGAAAGACAGUCAAUUUGGACCAUGCCCUGAAAAUUCCCGGAAGCCUUCUAACUGUAACUCUUUGAACAAGCGAUCCAAAAGCGUCUAUACGCCAUUAGAAUUGCAGUACAUGGAUGUGAAGCAGCAGUAUAAGGAUGCAGUUCUGUGUGUGGAAUGUGGGUACAAGUACAGAUUCUUUGGGGAGGAUGCAGAGAUUGCUGCCCGGGAACUCAAUAUUUAUUGCCACUUGGACCACAACUUCAUGACGGCAAGCAUACCCACUCACAGACUGUUCGUGCAUGUCCGUCGACUCGUGGCCAAAGGAUACAAGGUUGGAGUUGUGAAACAAACAGAAACAGCCGCGUUAAAGGCCAUCGGAGACAAUAAGAGUUCCGUCUUCUCCCGGAAGUUGACUGCUCUUUAUACAAAGUCCACACUCAUCGGAGAAGAUGUAAAUCCUCUAAUCAGACUGGAUGAUUCUAUAAAUAUCGAUGAGGUAACGACAGAUACUUCUACCAACUAUCUUCUAUGUAUCUACGAAGAGAAGGAAAAUACUAAGGACAAAAAGAAGGGGAAUGUUUCCAUUGGUCUCGUGGGAGUGCAGCCGGCCACGGGCGAGGUCCUGUUCGACUGCUUCCAGGACUCAGCCUCCAGGCUGGAGCUGGAGACUCGCUUGUCAAGCCUGCAGCCCGUGGAGCUGCUGCUCCCCACCCAGCUGUCGGAGCAGACGGAGAUGCUCAUCCACAGGGCCACUGCUGUCAGUACGCGGGAUGACAGAAUUCGAGUAGAAAGGAUGGAUAACACUUAUUUUGAAUACAGCCAUGCUUUCCAGGCAGUUACCGAGUUUUAUGCCAAAGAGGUGGUUGACAGCAGGGGCUCUCAGAGUUUCUCUGGUGUCAUUAACUUGGAGAAACCUGUAAUCUGCUCCUUGGCUGCCAUAAUAAGAUAUCUCAAGGAAUUUAACCUGGAAAAGAUGCUGUCCAAACCAGAGCUGGGGACACACCUCCGAGUUCAAGCACUUGUCACUCAGGCAAUUGGACCAAGAUUUCAUAUUCUCAGAACUGAUGUGAAUGCCAGGCAUUUUAAACAGCUGUCAAGUGGAAUGGAAUUCAUGAGAAUUAACGGAACAACGUUGAGGAAUCUGGAAAUCCUGCAGAAUCAGACUGAUAUGAAGACCAAAGGAAGUCUGCUCUGGGUUUUAGACCACACUAAGACCUCAUUUGGGAGGAGGCAGUUAAAGAAGUGGGUGACCCGGCCACUGCUUAAAUUAAGGGACAUAAAUGGCCGACUUGAUGCCAUAGCUGAUGUCCUCCACUCAGAGUCCAGUGUGUUUGAGCAGAUAGAAAACCAUCUGCGGAAAUUACCCGACGUCGAGAGAGGACUCGGUAGCAUCUAUCACAAGAAAUGCUCUACGCAAGAGUUCUUCUUGAUUGUCAAAAGCCUGAGUCACCUGAAGUCAGAGCUUCAAGCAUUAAUGCCUGCUGUUAAUUCCCACGUACAGUCAGACUUACUCCGAACACUCAUCUUAGAAAUUCCUGAGCUCCUCAGUCCAGUGGAAUAUUACUUAAAGAUACUGAAUGAACAAGCUGCCAAAGUUGGCGAUAAAACUGAAUUAUUCAAAGACCUGUCUGGCUUCCCUUUAAUAAAAAAGAGGAAAGAUGAAAUUCAAGAAGUUACUCAGAGUAUCCAAAUGCAUUUGCAAGAAUUACGAAAAAUACUAAAACUUCCUUCUUUACAAUAUGUGACUGUAUCAGGACAAGAGUUUAUGAUUGAAAUGAAGAACUCAGCUGUAUCUUGCAUCCCAGCUGACUGGGUGAAGGUUGGAAGCACAAAAGCUGUGAGCCGUUUCCACCCUCCUUUUAUUGUAGAAAACUACAGACGUCUGAACCAGCUCCGGGAGCAGCUAGUCCUUGACUGCGGCGCUGAGUGGCUUGAUUUUCUAGAGAAUUUUGGUGAACAUUACCACACUUUGUGUAAGGCCGUGAAUCACCUAGCAACUGUUGACUGCAUUUUCUCUCUGGCCAAGGUCGCUAAGCAAGGAAAUUACUGCAGGCCAACUCUACAAGAAGAAAAGAAAAUCAUCAUUAAAAAUGGAAGGCAUCCUAUGAUUGAUGUGUUGCUGGGCGAGCAGGAUCAGUUUGUGCCCAACAGUACGAGUUUAUCACAGGACUCUGAGAGAGUAAUGAUAAUCACUGGGCCAAACAUGGGUGGGAAGAGCUCCUACAUAAAACAGGUCGCGCUGGUGGCUAUCAUGGCUCAGAUCGGGUCCUAUGUUCCUGCAGAGGAAGCAACAAUUGGGAUUGUGGACGCCAUUUUCACAAGGAUGGGUGCUGCAGACAAUAUAUACCAAGGUCGGAGCACUUUCAUGGAAGAACUCACGGACACAGCGGAAAUCAUCCGGAAAGCGACACCCCAGUCCCUGGUUAUCCUGGACGAGCUGGGAAGAGGGACAAGCACCCACGAUGGCAUCGCCAUCGCCUAUGCUACGCUGGAGCAUUUUAUCAGAGACGUGAAAUCCUUAACCCUGUUCGUCACCCACUAUCCACCAGUUUGUGAACUAGAAAAAUGUUACCCGGAGCAGGUGGGGAAUUACCACAUGGGAUUCUUGGUCAAUGAGGAUGAGAGCCAGCAGGAGUCAGGUGACUCGGAGCAGGUGCCAGACUCUGUCACAUUCCUCUAUCAGAUAACCCGAGGAAUUGCAGCGAGGAGUUACGGCCUGAAUGUGGCGAAGCUAGCGGAUGUGCCUGGAGAAAUCUUGAAGAAAGCCGCUCAGAAGUCCAAAGAGCUGGAAGGCUUAGUCAACCUGAGAAGGAAAAGGCUCAAGUGCUUUGCAGAUGUGUGGAUGACACAUGAUGUGAAGGUCCUGCACACGUGGACAGAGGAGCUGGGGACAGAGGGCGUACAGACUUCUCUCCCACACUAAAAUGAAAGAAAACUCCUUUUUUUUAUUAAAGCAAAAAUUGGAGAACUGAAGCUGCAAACAGUACGAAAGAACUUUCUGGUCACAGCUCAUCUUUGUGACGUGAACACCUAUGAUGAGCAUGGUCUUCCUGUUGAAACAAGUUUCUUCCUCUGUGAAGGGAGAGCUUUUCCAGCUCUCACCUUCCCACCUUUAGAAGAACCCACACUUUGGAAUGUGAAAGCUUCACUGGGUAAUCAGAAAUUUUCCCGGGCAGCAAGCUCCGUGUAAAGACCUGAAUCUCCUAAGGGAAGCCUGGAGCGGUAGCGCUCAGCGCUGCGCCGUUGCGGGAGCCGAACGCUUCUCCUUGCGUUCAGACAAUUGGCAACGGAGUAAUCUGAUCGGAACCCACUUUUAUGAGAACUACAGAAUUGUAUAAUGCCAGCUGUUUGUUCACCACGGCCAUGAACAUUUUCAUGAGAAGUAGAACCACGGAGCCAGAGCACAGGAAGGAAAAAGCCAUAUGAAAUUUGAAGAGCUAAAUGUUGUCAUCAUUUUAAACAGCUUGAAGGUUGUGGUGUAAAUCAUUCAUUUCAAUAAAAACUAUGGAAUGAAUA